GGUUAGCCUACUUGAAGCAUCCGGGAACCUCGCCAUAGUAGUAGACAUGGCGGGUAUCAACCUGGCUAAAUGACGAAAUAAAUUUUGUUUGCUAAUAAAAAGAACGUGUUAAUUUCGUAGAAAAAGUGUUGAUACUGAAAGACUAGUUAAGUUAUAUUGGAUUAGGACAAAAAUGCAGAAUGUUGGACAGUCUGAAAACCGAAAUAUCGAUAAGGUGAAUGUGCAACUUGAUGUGGUAAAAUCGUCCACUCCUCAAAGUUCGGCUUCGAGUCCGGCCAAAUCUGAAACCGAAACGUAUUCAGGAGCGCCUGCCAAAUACAUGACGGACUCUUCAGAAAGCGAGGAUGACUCCGUGUCCGAGGCGGAAAUGGAAGAAGAAGGUGGCGGUGCGGAGUCAUCAAAGUUCCUUCUGUCCCACGAUGACCCGGAGCGGGUUGUCGACCCCGAGAUGCAGGCCAGGCUCGAAGCACUCUUGGAAGCUGCUGGUAUCGGCAAGCUGUCCGGCUCGGGCGCGCACCUAGCGGACCCGGCGGUGCUGCGGCGUCUGACGUCGUCAGUGUCCUGCGCGCUGGACGAGGCGGCCGCGGCGCUGACCCGCAUGCGCAGCGACCAGCCGCCGCAGCACCACCGCCACCACCAUCAGGACAAGCCUACGCAAUGCGGUUCGACGGCGACGGGCACGACCGGCGCUUCAGUCCCCGUGGGCGCGGACGGGGCGCCCUCAUUGGCCGAGGCGUGUUCGGACGGCGACGUGGGCACGGUGCGCAAGCUGCUGACGGAGGGGCGCUCGGUGCACGAGACCACGGAGGAGGGGGAGUCGCUGCUGUCGCUGGCUUGUUCGGCGGGGUACUACGAGCUGGCGCAGGUGCUGCUGGCCAUGCACGCCAGUGUGGAGGACCGCGGGAUCAAGGGCGACUGCACCCCCCUCAUGGAAGCCGCCUCAGCUGGUCACGUGGACAUAGUCCGACUACUCAUAGCCCACGGUGCGGACGUGAACGCCGUGUCCGGUUCCGGCAACACCCCGCUCAUGUACGCAUGCGCGGGAGGGCAUGAAGAGUGUGUUAGGGCGCUGUUGGAGAAUGGAGCCAAUGUGGAAGACCACAAUGAGAAUGGACACACGCCGCUUAUGGAGGCCGCAUCAGCAGGCCACGUGGGCGUCGCCAAAAUCCUUCUCGAGCACGGCGCAGGCAUCAACACGCACUCCAAUGAGUUCAAGGAAUCAGCCCUUACCCUGGCCUGCUACAAGGGGCACCUGGACAUGGUCCGGUUCUUACUGGCGGCAGGCGCUGAUAGGGAGCACAAGACCGAUGAGAUGCAUACCGCGUUGAUGGAAGCGAGUAUGGAUGGGCAUGUCGAGGUGGCAAAACUGCUGUUGGAUUCUGGGGCGCAGGUGAACAUGCCCACCGACAGCUUCGAGUCCCCCCUAACCCUGGCAGCGUGCGGCGGCCACGUGGAGCUAGCCCUGCUGCUGCUGGAGCGCGGCGCCAACAUCGAGGAGGUCAACGACGAGGGCUACACGCCGCUCAUGGAGGCCGCCAGGGAAGGUCACGAAGAGAUGGUGGGCCUGCUGCUCGGGCAGGGCGCGUCCAUCAACGCCCAAACCGAAGAAACCCAAGAGACGGCGCUAACCCUGGCCUGCUGCGGGGGCUUUCUGGACGUGGCGGAGUUCCUCAUCAAGGCGGGCGCGGACCUCGAGCUGGGUGCCUCCACGCCGCUCAUGGAGGCCUCGCAGGAGGGGCAUCUGGAGCUCGUCAGAUACCUUCUAUCCGUCGGCGCGGACGUCGACUCGGCCACCCAAACCGGUGACACAGCCCUAACCUACGCUUGUGAGAACGGACACACGGACGUGGCGGACUUACUGCUGAGAGCGGGCUCUUCGCUCGAGCACGAGAGCGAGGGCGGCCGGACCCCGCUCAUGAAGGCCUGUCGCGCCGGACACCUGUGCACCGUGCAGUUCCUUGUUGGCAAGGGUGCGGACGUGAACCGCAUGACGGCCAACGGGGACCACACGCCUUUAUCCCUCGCCUGCGCCGGGGGCCACGCCGACGUGGUCAAGUUCCUCCUCGCCUGCGACGCAGACCCCUUCCGCAAGCUCAAGGACAACUCGAGCACCCUUAUAGAAGCGGCUAAGGGCGGCCACACGGCGGUGGUUCAACUGCUGUUGGAUUACCCGCAUAGUGUGAUGAUGGCGAGGGGCAAUGCGCCCGUGGAAGAUGCGAACGGGUUGACGGCUGCUCAGGCAGCGCAACUCGGGCUCAGCCACGUCCCGGCGCCGGGCGCGCCCGCGCAGCGCACGCUGGUCCCCGCCCCCGCCCCCGCGCCUGCCCCCGCCCCCGCGCCCGCCCCCGCCCCCGCGCCGCAGCCGCAGCCGGUCAAUACCUUCAACACGCAACACCUUGACCAAGCGCGCAAGAAGCAAGCCACGCCCGCCUGCGCGCCGCCCGCGCCCAAGCACAAGUGCGCGCGCAAGCAGCGGCCGCCUCCCCAGGACCACCACCUGCCGCCGCCGCCCGACAUACUGGAUGAGCAGGUCUCCCACGAGACUAAGGCUAAGCUAUCACUCCCGCCUGGCUUUACUUGGAAGGAUAUUGACAAGUCAAAGAAAAACAUAGAUAACGCACAAAUAAAAGAACAACAUAGAUCCGAGUCGCUCCCGGCUGGGCAGCCUCGCAACGAAUCACUGCCUGAAGCUGAAAGAAGCCUUCUCGAUGGCACUGAGGCUACCGGUCCCCCUACACUCGCGACGUCCGCUCUACACGCUUUGGACCUUCAGUUCUGUGCUCAAGGAGUGACGACCACCCCCACGACGCCGCCGUACCCGCCGCCGCAGCCCUUCCCCCCGCAGCAGCUAGCCGCUACCGUCAGCCAGAAUACUCCUAUACAAGAGCGUCCCCGCGCCAAGUCACGCAAGUGCAGUAAGUUUGGAUGCAAAUUCUUCCCAUUGGACACUAUCAAACAACUCUGCGAAAGAAUCGGAGAAGUGGGAGCUUUUGCGCAUCAGUUGCAGCAGCUGCAGCUGCAGCAGUUCCAGCAGCAGCAGUACGAGCUGCAGCAGCCUCAUGCGUACGCGCAGCAGGCGGGCGCGGAGGAGGGCGGCACGGCGGAGGCGCGCGAGCUGGGCGCCGUGCUGGCCUACCUGCAGCGGGAGGUGCCCUCGCUGGUGGCGCUGCCGCCCAACGAGCUGCGCUCCCUCGUGCUGCAGGUGAUGCAGCAGAAGUCCCACGAGAUCCUCUCCUCCAAGUGCGCUGACGGCACAGACGAGGCGUGUCCCGAGGGCGGGGACUGCGAGAUCGAGGAGCGGCAGGCGCGACGCCUAUUGGCUGCGGCCGAGGAGGCGCUCAGCGCUGAUUGGACGGCGCCGGCGGACGACCAUGUGCUUGAUGUGGGCAGUGGAUGUCAGUACCGGCUGCGGCCGCCGUCGCCCGCGUCCGCGCUGGACGCGUCCGCCCUCGCGCUGCGUCCGGAGCCCGCGCCCGCGCCCGCCCACGACGACCUCAGGGCGGCGACCUUCACCCCCCCGACGGCGGUGGCGCCGCCCGCGCCCGCGCUGGCCAAGCGCGACCACCACGCCGCGCCUCUGCCCCUCAAGAAGAAGGUCAAGGGUCGCUUCGCCUCAGGCCGAGCAGCCGCCGGCGCGCGCGCCGAGGCCGCGUACCCCGCGCCCGCGCCCCCGCACCCCGCGCCCGCCGCCUACUCCGCCAUGGACGUGGACGGCGAGACGGACUCCAACCACGACACGGCGCUGACGCUGGCCUGUGCUGGAGGGCAUGAAGAGCUGGUGGAGCUGCUGCUGUCCCGUGGGGCUGACAUCGAGCAUCGGGAUAAGAAGGGCUUCACCCCGCUAAUCCUGGCGGCGACGGCGGGCCACGAGAAGAUCGUGGAGAUCCUACUGAACCACGGCGCGGACAUCGAGGCGCAGUCCGAGCGGACCAAGGACACGCCGCUCUCGCUCGCCUGCUCCGGCGGACGAUAUGAGGUGGUGGAGUUGAUCCUGAGUCGCGGCGCCAACAAGGAGCAUCGCAACGUGUCCGACUACACGCCGCUGUCGCUGGCGGCGUCCGGCGGCUACGUCAACAUCAUACGACUACUGCUGCACCACCAGGCGGAGAUCAACUCGCGCACCGGCUCCAAGCUCGGCAUCUCCCCUCUAAUGCUGGCGGCCAUGAACGGGCACACGACGGCGGUGCGCCUGCUGCUGGACUGCGGCUCCGACAUCAACGCGCAGAUCGAGACCAACCGCAACACCGCGCUCACGCUCGCCUGCUUUCAAGGUCGACACGAAGUAGUAAGCCUACUGCUCGACCGCAAAGCGAACGUAGAACACCGGGCCAAGACGGGCCUAACUCCUCUCAUGGAAGCAGCCAGUGGGGGCUACGUGGAGGUGGGCCGGGUGCUGCUGGACAAGGGGGCCGAUGUGAACGCGCCGCCCGUGCCCUCGUCCCGGGAUACGGCACUCACUAUUGCUGCGGACAAGGGGCAUACCAAGUUUGUGGAGCUGCUUUUGCAGAGACGAGCGGCGGUAGAAGUGAAGAACAAGAAGGGCAACUCUCCCCUGUGGCUGGCGGCCAACGGCGGCCAUCUUGCCGUCGUGGAGAUGCUCUACGCCGCCGGCGCCGACAUCGACUCACAGGACAAUAGAAAGGUUUCCUGCCUGAUGGCUGCCUUCCGCAAGGGCCACACUAAAGUGGUCAAGUGGAUGGUGGGGGUCGUCACGCAGUUCCCUUCAGACCAGGAAAUGACCAGGUACAUCUGUACAAUAUCGGACAAGGAACUCCUCGAAAAAUGCCAGGAGUGUGUACGCGUGAUCCGAGCGGCCAAGGAGACGCAGGCGGCGCGCGCCAAUCAAAACGCGACCAUAUUGCUAGAGGAGUUAGACGCAGAACGGUGCCGCGAGGAGAGCCGCCGCCUGGCCGCCGCGCGACGCCGCGAGCGCAAGAAGAAGAAGAAGAUGGAGAAGAAAGUUAGCAUUCAGGAGGAAAGACGCAAACUCCAGGAAGAGAACGACAAGAACUGCGACUACUCGGAGAAGGCGAGCGAGGGGGAGGAGGAGGACGGGGAGGGGGGGGACGAGCCCGCCGCCAAGGAGGAGCCCGACUCCGGCAUCGACGCCAACUCGCAGGGCUCCUGUUCCUCCUCCGACGUGAAGGCGCCGCCCGCGCCGAGCGCCAAGACCAAGAAGAAGAAGAAAGAGGAGAAGGCGACCCCCCCGCCCGCGCCCGCGCCCGCCCCCGCGCCGCCCCAGCCCAAGAAACUACCUGAUAAGACAAAACCCAAGAUCGAACCACCACCGCCUAAAGUGGAGAAGGAGCCCCCUAAACCCGACAAGAAGCAAGAGAAAGAGAACGUGGCGCCCAGCGAGCCUGCGCCGCCCAAGCGCGAGCCGCCCGCCCCUGAGAGACGGGAGAAGAAAGAGAAAAAACCUGAAGAGGAUAUCCCUAAGAACAUUACCGUAACCAAAUAUGGGAAUAACUCUAGAAAGAGUCAGAUAUUUGAGUCCACUAGACUCAAUCUGGACAAAGAUGACGUUGACACACCCGACAAAAAUAAAAAGACCCACAACAUCCAUCAAUGGGAGGGUGAUACCAAGACGUCUCCGAAGGGCGCGACAGUCGCGGGGCGGCGCGAGGAAGGAUGGAAGGAGGUCGUCCGCAAGUCCAGCGUGCAGACUAUAUCCACUGUUGAACCUGGUUGCAAGCGCGUCUCCGUGGCUUCACACGCGAUAUCGCGCGUGAUCGGGCGCGCCGGCUCCAACAUCAACGCGAUACGGUCCGCCACCGGCGCGCACAUCGAGGUGGACAAGCAGACCAAGGGGCAGGGCGAGCGCAUCAUCACCAUCAAGGGCUCAGCAGAAGCAACAAAACAAGCGGCGAACCUGAUAGCGGCCAUGAUACGCGACCCCGAAGCAGACAUCGCGAUGUUACUGCCCCGCGCGAAGCUGCCCGCGCCACCGCCGCAGCCGCUGCAGCCUAAGGCGCCCAAACAACCCGCGCCUAAGGCCGCCGGCAGUGGCUCCUCGACGGGCGCCGUGGCCCGCGCGGCCGCGCCCGCCGCCCGCGCCGCCGCCAAGCCGCACGCCACGCCGCCGCGCGCGCCCGCUAAACAUGCCGCACCCGCAGUCACCGAGAAGCGCAUGACGUCAUCCACGCCCGCCACGCCCGCGCCCACCCCGGUCAAGUCCGGCACCCUCACCUACACCGGGGCUAUAGUUGGCGCCAGGUCUCACACCUUCGCGGCCAAGCUUACUGCGGCUGCGAUAGCUGAGCCCGCGCCGAGACUCCACGCUAAUAUGCAGAUGCCAGCUCCGGUAGCCGCGCCCGCGCCCGCCCCCGCACCUUCACCCAUCAAGGUGUUAGCGCGGGAGUCACCGCCCGCCCCCAAGGAAGAGGAGCCCAAGACGCCGCAACGCAAGCCGCCUGCGCCUGCUAAACAGCUGAGCCCGGAGAGCGCGAGCUCUUGGAGCACGGGCGAGGAGGCGGCGCCCGCCUGCCCGCCGCCCGCCGCCGCACUGCACAUCAACACCCAGCCACAGCAGCCAGCGGCCAGCUCUAGCGGUGCGCAAGAGUACUCCCUGUUCAAGGACGCGUCGGCCAACAUCGCGCCCGGCAUGUGGGAGCAGCACCAGCCGCGUGACCCGCAUCCGCCGCAGCAAGUGGACGCGAGCAAGGCGCCCGGCUACCGCGGCGGCGGCGGCGGCGGCUGCUCCCCGUGCUCGCGCACCUCCUCGCACGGCUCCACGCCGCCGCCCUUCCACCACCAGCACCAGCCGCCCAUCAACAUGGGCAACAGCGUGAAUGCCAUGGACAUGAGUGGACUGUCGCGGAACGGUCCCAUCUACCAGGACAACUCCAGAAACGGACACAACAUGAUGUUCCCGCAAGUAUCCAUGUCGUCGGGCGUGGGCCUGGGCGCGGCGGCGCUCGGCCUCGGCUACGGCGGCGUCGAGUCGCGCCUCAACCCGCGCGCGCCCGACUUCUCGCUCAUGCACCACAAGCACAACACACAGUUGUUCCCGGGCACGUCGACGGCGGGCAACCUGAGCACGCUGCUCAUGUCGUACCAGCAGCAGCCGGCGAACAAGCCCAUGCCGCCGCCGCCGCAGCAGCCCAUGCAUCCCUACCAGUCGCUGCUAGACCGCGGCGGCGGCCACUCGGGCGGCGGCUGGGGCGAGGACGAGGAGCGCAAGCCGCGGCCCAUCGGCACGGAGCGCGCCUGGAAGCUCACCGGCGACGAGUGGCAUCUGGACCCGGAGCGCUACCAGAACGUGAACAACAUGAGCGGCGCGCACGGCGCUGCGGGCGCGGAGUACGGCGGCGCCACGGCGGCCGCGCUGUCGCUCAUGCACCUGCACUACCUGCCGCCCGCCGCGCCGCCCGAGCCGCACUGGGACCCGCGCCCCGCUGUUGACAAGCAGACUUGGAGCAAGUGGACGCACUAGGGCCCCGCCCCCGGAACAGACCUCGAUACUGCCUUAUGAAGACAACGCGCGACAUUCUCUGUGAACGGUCAACUAACGCUACAUUUAGAUAGACUACGCUAUAUACCUUCUCAGCCACACCUAUGAUUGAGCGUUUAUAUAUAUUGUAACCCUUGGAAACGGUGUAGAUAUUAGUGAGAAAGAAUUAUAUAAUAUACAGAUUAUCUAUAUACAUAAUAGAAAAAUGUCCUAUCGAGAAGAGACCUACUUGUUGUACUGUUCGAUCGACUGAAGUGAGCAUUAAACGAUUCAUUAUAAUGAAACUCGUGAGGGGAACCCGAUGGAGUUUUAUUUGUUACUGCCGCUCGUGUUUAGAUAAUUAUAGUUACGUUGUUAGUGGUCGGUCGAUCUGAGUAGUCUAGCGUAUGCAACGUGCAAGUGAAGUAGGGAGCUUGGAAUGAGAUUCCGAAGUGCCGCCGAUUUUUGUGUUGCCUUGAGAGCGCUCGUUCACACCUUAUUAUACAAUUUACAGUCUAUAUUAGGUAUGGCAUAAUACGAUAUUAUUUGAAUGCGAUCGCAAGCGGAUGCGAAUUAUUAAACGUGUAUUAAUAAAUUUGCUUGUACAUGAAGAUUAAAUAUCAUAUAUUGAUGCACUGUAUCCACUGGUGUUUUUAAUACCACCUGUUUUUCAAUUAUCAUUUUUAUUAGGUUUAUUUGGGUAAUAAUGUAUAUUUAUAAGUAAAUUAUUAUUGAGGACUUAUUGUGUCUCGAAUAUGAUUUAUAGCAAGAUAUACGGUAAGUUUUAGGCAAAUAAACCGUUGACAAAAUAA